UUAUUAUUAUUUAAUAAAAAAUGACAUCCUUGUCUAACCACAAAAAUCGACUCUGGAAAGAAAAGAGUCCUUACUUACUACAACAUGCAAACAACCCGGUUGAUUGGUAUCCUUGGGGAGAAGAAGCUUUUGAAAAAGCCAAACAAGAACAAAAGCCGAUAUUUAUUAGUAUUGGAUACAGUACUUGCCACUGGUGUCAUGUAAUGGAGCACGAAUCUUUUGAAAGCGAAGAAACAGCAAAAUUGAUGAACGAUUCUUUUGUCAAUAUAAAAGUCGACCGAGAGGAGAAUCCUGGAGUAGACAAAUUUUACAUGACUUAUCUCCAAAUGACAACUGGAAGCGGAGGAUGGCCAAUGUCAGUUUUUCUGACACCCGAACGGUACCCAUUCUUUGGAGGAACCUACUUUCCUCCCAAAGACCGUCUCGGAAAACCUGGUUUUCAGACUAUAGUUUCACGUCUUGCUCAACUAUGGAAGUCCCAAGCAGACAAGAUACGCUCAGAUAGCAAGAGCUCUUUAAAAGAUAUCAAAGAUUAUAUCGAGGCAAAACUUCCAAGCUCAUCAAAAGAAUUAGAUCCAUGGAAAAUCGCAGAAGCUACCUACGAUUAUUUUGAAAAGGUGUUUGACUCUACAUAUGGAGGGUUUGGAGAAGCACCAAAGUUCCCUACUCCUGUUCAAUUGCUAUUUCUGUUGGAUUAUCAUAUGUACACCAAGAAUGAAUCAUCUGAACACUAUAGAAACAAUAAAGCACAAAAUGCACUUGAAAUGGUGCUCAAGACACUCAAGAACAUUGGAAUAGGCGGAAUUCAUGAUCAUGUUGGAGGUGGCUUUCACCGUUACAGCACAGAUAGAAUGUGGCAUGUACCUCAUUUUGAAAAGAUGCUGUACGAUCAAGCACAGCUCUUAUCAGUCUAUACAAAGGCCUUCCAGAUAACAAACGAUUCAAUUUAUUCUGAUAUUGCCAAAGAUAUCAUUCUAUACGUUUCGCAGAAUCUUUUACAUGAAGAGGGUGGAUUCUAUUCUGCAGAAGAUGCGGACUCGUACCCUAAAAACGGAGACUCCAAGAAAUUAGAGGGUGCAUUUUGCACCUGGGAGCUUGAUGAGAUUGAUGGUCUCUUGGAACCAAAAAUAUCAGAGCUAUUCAAACGUCAUUUUGGAGUAAAAGAAGGUGGAAACGUAACGGAUGAACAAGAUCCUCAAAAAGAAUUAGAAAACAAGAAUAUACUUAUGGAGCAAGAAACUAUUGAUCAGUCCGCAUCUGCUCUUAGUAUUCCGGUUGAAAGUGCCAAAACAUUAAUAGCAGAUGCAAAGGAUACUCUGCGCAAUUAUCGUCUUUCAGUACGCCCAAGACCUGAUAAGGAUGACAAGAUAUUGACAUGUUGGAACGGGCUUAUUCUUUCAGCUCUUUCACAAGCUUACCUAGUGUUUCAUGAUAAAUCUAUUCUGAAACUUGCUACCGAUACAGCUUAUUUUAUUAAAAAAGAACUCUACAUUGAAGAAAAGAAUAUCCUGUUGCGUAGCUAUCGUGAAGGACCUUCUACUAUCGAGGGUUUCUCAGACGACUAUAGUUUCUUUAUCCAGGGAUUGUUAGACCUUUAUGAAGCCACCUUUGAUGAUCAAUGGCUUCAAUGGUCCUAUGCCCUCCAAGAGAAACAAAACGAGCUAUUUUACGAUAAUGAGAAAGGAGGCUAUUUUAAUAUUUCCGAAAAAGAUACCUCUGUCCCUAUGCGCUUGAAAGAAGACCAAGAUGGUUCAGAGCCUACAGCAAACUCUGUUUCUUUGAGAAAUCUCAUAAGACUUGGGACCGUAUUUGAAAUACCAGGAUAUUUUGAAAAAGCAAAACAAACAGCCGAGUCCUUCCGUCUUAUUUUGACCCAAUUUCCUUACGCUAUUCCGGCCGUCCUGUCUUCCUUUCUUUUGUUUUCCGAGGGUUUAAAAGAAAUAAUUAUUGUUGGUCCUACUGUUGGUGAUGACACGCCUUCCUCUUCUUCUCAUUUUUCGUCUUUGUCAGAAAAGAAACAAAGAUUCGAAGCCAUUAUUGCACGCCCGUUUAUUCCAAACAAAUUUGUGGCAAGUCUCACCCCGGACGGAAUCUUGGCCAAGAAGAAUCCUCUCUUUGAAGAGAUCGUUACAAGACACAAGAACUCAGAUGAUGUAGCGGUUUAUGUGUGUGAAAACUUUACAUGCAGACAACCUAUAUUUACAGAAGAAGAACUGGAAAAAACUAUGUAUAUUUAACUAAGGAAGAAUAUUGAUAGCUAAUACAUUAAUAGUAAAAAAAAAACAAAGAAAGAAAGACUCAUAUUGCUUACUUUACUCUAAACUACUCUUGCCUUGUUUUAAAGAAAAAGAAUAAAUUAUUAUUAUUAUCAUUAUUAUAUAAG